CCAUCAUAAAAUAGAGGUUUUAAUGCAAAAUUGGGAGGCUGAAACAGGCGGCGAUCGGAGAUCGGCUACGGCGACGGCGACGAAACGACGGCGACGAUGGAAGAAGAAUCGACUGCUCCUCCUCCUACUUUGAAGCUCGUCAGUUUCAUCUCCGAAGAACAGUUGGACAAAGCGAAGCAGACGAGGGGCGAGCGGGUCGAAGACGGAACAGCGCAGAGAGACAGGCCCUUGUAUGAGAUUUUGAAAGAGAAUAAAGACAGAAAAGAUGCAGAAUUCAAUGAAAGAUUCAAGCACAGACCGCCUAAAGCUCUAGAUGAGGAUGAAACAGAGUUUUUAGAUAAUUUGGAGAUGUCAAGGAGAGAACAGGAGCGGCAACUAGCUAAUGAAGAAGCUGAACAACUUCGCAGUUUCCAAGAAGCAGUGGCAGUCCAAACCAACGUUGUUCGUGAGCUCAAGGAAAUUCCGACUGUCGCCAAACCUGAGGAAAACAAACCAGUUGUGAAGAAGAAUCAACACUCUCGUCCUGCCAAUUUUAUAAUAUCGGUAAAGCCUCAGGCAAAGAAAGCAAAGACUGAAGUAGUUUCAGAAAAACAACCCUCAGAACUAAAUGAGAAGCCGCCUCCUGAUAUUGCCAGCAAGGCACUUGGGGGCUUGGUUUCAUAUGGCGAUGAAAGUGAAGAUGAAGAUUAGCACCUUCAAAAAAAAUGUAAUUUUUAUUCUCUUUUUAGUGACACAAAUCAUGUGACGUUGUUGAAAGCAGUAAAUUAUAACGUUUUUUUUAUA